AUGACCCAGGACAGAAUCGUGCUUCACUACCUUAUCGGGUCACGUGCCUCCCGGAUCCUCUGGCUCUUGGAGGAACUAGACGUCGAGUACGAGAUGAAGUCGUACCAUCGGACUUCCGAGGGCUUGGCGCCCCCCGAGUUGAAAGCCGUGUGGCCCCUCGGUCUCUCGCCCGUGGUGCAAGUGUUCAGGCCCGGGGCUGCAAAGCCUCUCACGUUGGCCGAAUCCGGACAGAUUGUCCUGUACUUAAUCAGCCACUACGACCCACAGGGCAAGUUCCGGCCGGAAUCCGAGGACGACCAGGUGUUGGUGGACUACUACUUGCAUUUCGCCGAGGGCUCCUUGCAGUGCCACCUCGUAUCUCUCUUGGUCAAUUAUGUCGCAUGCCAAAGAGCGCCAUGGGGGCUUGGCUGGCUUGUGAAAUCCAUCAUGGGAAAGAUUAACGGAUUCUACUACUUGAAGAAAAUCAGAACUGCAUACGCAUUCUUGGACCAGCAGUUGGAGGAAAAGAACGGCGGCUAUUUCGUAGGCAACAAGUUGACAGGAGCAGAUUUCAUUUUGGACUUCCCGGUCAAUGAGAACCUUUUUGCUAACCCGGCCAGACUAGAGGAAAUGGGUGCAGGAGUCAAUGGUGAGAGAGACUUCCCGAGAUUGGCCGAGUGGAAUAAGCUCAUUACUGGAAGGCUCGCACAUGUCCGGGCAUCUGAAAAGGGCCAGGAAGCCAAGGCCAAAUUGUAG